AGUGAAUCCUCUCAGAAUCACAUUUGAAUUAUAGCAGACUCAGAGGCGUGACACUAGAUUUAAUUGACCACAUUUGAAAAUACAAAACCGGACCAAGACCACCAGUCGUGAAGACAAGCACAAUUUCUGAGGCUGAUCCUGAAAAACUGGGGAAGCAUCUUUAAACCCACAGAUCCCACAUAGAGUUUAUUACCUUCAGGAUGAGGUUGUGUUUGUGUGUUUAAAAAAAGAAAGAAAGAAAGAAACAUGUCUCCUUCUCUACAGUUUGAAGAUGGGGGGAACCAACAUGUCCACUUCUAAGAUACUGAAAGUCAGAGAGUCGUUCGUAACUGAGAGGUGAAAUGGCGCAGGAAGGAGUUCAGCUGGAGCGGGAAUUCAUCUGUUGUUCCAUUUGUCUGGAUAUACUGAAGUAUCCAGUGACUAUUCCCUGUGGACACAGCUACUGUAUGAGCUGUAUUAAAACACACUGGGACAUAGAGGAUGAAGGGAUAAUCCACAGCUGCCCUCAGUGUAUGCAGACCUUCAGACCGAGGCCUGUCCUGUUGAAAAACAUCAUGUUAGCUGAUUUAGUGGAGGAGCUGAAGAAGUCUCGGCUCCUAGCUGCUCCUGCUGAUCACUGCUAUGCUGGAGCUGAAGAUGUGGCCUGCGAUGUUUGCACUGGGAGGAAACUGCAAGCUGACAAGUCCUGUUUAGUUUGUUUGGCCUCUUAUUGUGUAAAACACCUCCAGCCUCAUUACGAUGUACCUCCAUUAAAGAGGCACAAGCUGGUGGACCCCACCAAGAAGCUCCAGGAGAACAUCUGCAUGAUGAAGAUGUUCAGCCACACUGGCCAGCAGUGUAUCUGUUGUCUCUGCUCUGUGGAUGAACAUAAAUGCUACGACACAGUCUCGGCUGCAGCAGAAAGGACUGAGGGGCAAAGAAAUCCUGGUGUGAAUCGGCAAAACAUUCAAAAAAUAAUUGAUGACACUAAGAAAGUCAUGGAGGAGUUUCAACAAGAAAUGGAGGACAGUGAGAAGAUCUUCACUGAGCAAAUCAGAUCACUGAGGCAGCUGAUCAGAUCCCUAUGAGUGGGUCGAGUCAAAGAGCCUCAGGGACGCUGCAGCAGGAGAUCACUCGGCUGAAGAGGAACUGAAGCAUCUCUCAAACACAGAGGAUCACAACCACUUUCUGCACAACUACCCCUCAACCACUCUGGUUGCCACUCAGUCAAUCUACACAAUCAUCCAGCGUCAGCAUACGUCCUCUCAGGUACUUUGAGGCUGUGACAGCAGCUGUGUCAGAGGUCAACUCGCAACCAGAGGCCAAUACCGGAGCUGAAUUUUGAUUCCCUGUGAAAUCAAAAUGUUCACAGGAAAUCAGACUGGAUCCAAAUACAGGAAACACAUAUCUGUUAUUAUCUGAGGGAAACAGAAAAGUAGCUGCACGGUGGUGUAGUGGUUAGCACCUUCGCACCUUCGCCUCACAGCAAGAAGGUUCUUCGCCUCACAGCAAGAAGGUUCUGGGUUCGAAUCCCGGUUCAACCA